AUGAAUUAACAAUUAAAUCAAAUUAUUUGGAGGAAAUUUUUUGAAGACAUUAAGUUAGAUUAAGCAGAAUAAAAAUAUCUUGUUUCUCUUCUACCAAUAAAUUCAAAAGGAAUUACAAUAGAUUUAUAUGUUUAUUCAAAUGUUUCUAGAAAAAUGUAUUAUAUUCAUUUAUUUGAAACUAAGUAAGAUGUAUUGAAGUAUUUAUUGAAAUUAUUUCUUAUAUUUAAGGAAGAAAUUAAUGAAUCUCUAUAAUUAAAAGGUUAAUUAUGUAGAUAUGAUGAAAAAUAUUAAAAUAAUAUAGCCCUUUUCAGAACUAAAGGAUUAAAGUUGAAAAGUAUGAGAAAAAUAAUUGAGAGGUUUGUAAACAACAAACCUAUAUGUACAGGAAUAUUUGAUACAAAAUAAUAUGUAAUAAAAUUGAUUAUUUAAAGAUAUUAAGGAAUAAUAUAACAUGUACUUUUAAUAUUAAUUUACAUUGGGAACCAGAAGCAUAUCGACCUAUUUUAAUAGAUGAUAGAUUAGUAUUUUUAAAAGAAGAAGAAAAAACUAUUUAAUAAAAAGAUGAAGUUUAAAAAUUGUCUUGGUUGUCUUACAAAUAACAUUAAAUAGAAAUGAAAAAAAAUAAAAUAAUUAUUUUAGAAGAUAAAGAAUAAAAAAUUGAGUUUAUUAAAAUUGAUUGA